AUGCACAUCAAUAGGUUCAUGUUUCUACAUCGUCGAUUCAACUUCACCUCCAAUGCUGCGUCGCUUGCCACCAAAGUGCUUGUUCAACAGGCAAUCUAUACACCCAUUUUCAACACCUACUUCUUCACCAUGCAAUCGUUUCUAUCUGGCGCAUCAUUUGAACAAACUCUCAUGCGCUUACAAAUCGCACUCCCCACAAGCAUCGUGAAUGGUUGGAAGGUGUGGUCGGGCGUGGCUAUCGUCAGCUUCAUGUACAUACCGCCUCAAUUCCGAACUAUCGUUGUCGCCUUCCCUGGCAUGAGAAUGAGUAGGCUCGACUGGUCUGGCGUUGGCCCAUGGGUUGAAGAAGGCCGACAUCCCAUUCCUCACUUUAAGAAAGACAAUAGUCCGGUCCGCAAACGCGACUGGAGUAUGGGAUUGCAUUGGGGCCUCGAACCUCUGCAGUACCUCGUGCCAGCCGAGGUUCUGGCUCAAUUCCGGGCAAUGCUGCUGCAAGGCCAAGACGUGCACUGGGAAAAGUCCCUAGUCGAUAUCGACUACUUCCCUGCGGGUGAACGAGUGACUGCCAAGUUUAGCGAUGGCUCUGAUGUCGUUGGUAGCAUUAUUGUCGCUACCGAUGGCCCCUAUUCCGCAGUUCGCUAUUUGCUUGUUAGCGAAGAGGCUGCCAAAGUUACCCCGAUCGAUUUCGCCUCAAAAAGUGUUUAUCCAAGCACACUCGUGAGCACGCUCUAUUCCUCCGAUCUCAGCCACGCCAUCCAUUUACCAGAUUGGGACCCAUCCACGAUACCGAGCAGAGAUUUUGCAGAUAUUAAGGUUUAUGUCUUCAUGUUCAAAGACUUGGUAAAGGUAAAGAGCUUUGUUGCACCAUGGCGAAGAGUUAUCGUUUGCAGAGGGCUGUCGGCGGUCACAAAGGCAGGAAUUCCGAUCAACAAUAACACUGCAAAGGAGAUCUUGCCCUGUAUUGACAUGACAGGUGGUACACUAUCCUUUGCAUCCAAAGACUUCGCUCGAGGCGUCACAGAUGCAUCAAUUGCUGAAGCCGUCGAACUCCAUAUGAACUGCACCAAAAGAACCAGGGGUGACCGAAUCAAUCCCUAUCUUGAUGCCUCCCGCGCCUUCCAUAUCACCUUCUACGAGAUCAUCGUCCACCGUUUCGGUUCAUCGAACAAGGAGUUCUGGAAGACUGAUCCUUUUUACGUGCGCCCUGGUGCUCCGUGGUUUCGCCGCAGUGCAAUUACCACCCUUGUAGUAACAGAGGAUGGCUAUGCGAAACGCAAUACCUUUCCUCGGCAAUGGAAAUCCGUUCUAGAAAUCGGCCAGAUCCAGGUCGGCGAAGUCGCGAUCAUCAAAGAAGCAUACUCCAUGCUCGCAUCUCGAAGGUUAAAUCUGAUGGACUACAUCGCGGAUCUUCUCCGAGAAGAUUUUAUCGAUCCAGAGAAAUACAUCAAACUUAUAUUUGACGGCGACCAGCUGUCUACGUCCAAGAACACCCUCGAAGGGAUCAAGCGCCAGAUAGAUGACACGGUCGAGACUGUCAAGGGUCGCCGCGACGGGCUAUUCAAUGCGAGUGCUCUGAGCGAGACCCGAAACACAAAUCGGCUGAGCCAAAAUGUGAAGCUGCUCACGUAUGUGAGCAUCUUCUAUCUUCCUCUGGCAUUCUGUGCCGCGGUGUGGGCGAUUCCGAAUAUCGAUAUGAGCAACACAAAAACUGCUUUCAGUAUCGCGGCUGUGGUCUUCGGUAUGGUGAACUUUGUCAUCGUCGCCAACGUGGGAAACCUUUCUCGUAUAUUUAUAAGUAUCUACAAGGUUUGGCGGACUCGAGUUGUAACACAGAUGAAGAGCGAUCCCGACAAUCUGAAUCAGCUUGGCUGGAACCUGGAGAACUCGUGGCCCGAACGGUUAUCAGGUCCCUCAAUGGUUGAUUCUACAAUACCAGUUCAUCAAGUUCUUUCGCUUGACCAAAUCUCUCUUUCGCAGAAGACGAAUCAGACGUGGCGAUUAUCCACUCUGGGAAGAUAUUGA